ACAGUCCCAUCGAAGAAGACGUGUACCCCGACUUAACAGAUCCCAAAAAGGCCUUCAACAUGAGUCCUCUUGGUCCUGUUAUUGGUUUUAUAAGAAUAUGGUCUAUGCCAUGCUGAGGUGAACCCGCCGCUUGUAGGCGCGUGACGUAUCGCGGGCGACGCGGCUAAAGCCAUGGCAGACUCAAGCGGGCCGGGGGACGCGCGUGUCGCUCAGCGCGUUACUACGAUUCCUGGCGGAACAACAACAACAACAAAAACGACUACUUACACCAUCCGUAGCGUCCCAGUAACAACGACUACCAGCUCUUUUGCGGCCAGUUCGUGCGGAACCACCACCGGACCCACAACAUCAGCGACAGACUUCGCCUUCGACGAUUUAAAACGCUACUUGGAAGAUCACGGCAAGAUGAUAUUGGAAGAUCCUCGAACCAAACACCUGAUUGCAUCAGGACAGGCUACCUGGGAAGACGUGAAGCGGUACUUGGAUUCACGUGCGCCACCAACACACCUCGCUGAAGGGAGUAGCGUAGUCUACAGCACAACAGGUGGCUACUGGUAUCCUGUCGUCGCUGGAAUGCCCGGGGUUGCCGCACCCAGCACAAUUUUCGAAGUGGGCCCAGGUUCAGCGGAAAUUUGCAACAAGAUCUCUUUCCGACCUCGCCUUGACGCCUACUACGACGCCAAUCGAAAUCGAUUAGUUCUUCUGUUCGACCUUCCCGGUUUCGAGAAGAAAGACGUCGAGAUCGAGUUGGACAAAGGUGCUCUUGCAAUAUCCGGCGAGCGACCUAAGCUGGAGGAAAGCAAGUUAGGUCAGGAUUGCAAUAAUAUAAUCAAAGAACGAUCAUUUGGAUUUUUCUACAGGAAGUUUCAGCUGCCUGGAAACGCGGAAGAGGAGAGUAUCAAAGCCUCGAUGGAGCAAGGAGUUUUGGAAGUAACGAUUGGCCUGAAAGACGAAAACCAACCAACGAAGAAAAAGAUUGAUGUGCAGUGAUUGUACGUGUCUUCUUCGGUACGAGUCUUCUUCGGUUACCACACGGUGCACAGCAACGGUGAAUGGCCCUUGUCAGUGUGAGCUCGUGAAGACAGGUUAGCUGUGAGUUCUAAGCGACUGCCGCCUGUUCCCAAUCCACAUACGUAGAGUGAGACUUCUUAGGAGUAACAAGUGUUUGGUGAGGCCCCGGUCACCCCACAGUUUUAGUGGUGUCAUCCUCGAACGGGGCUAAAUCAUAAGCUGGGUAGUGGUAGGCUUUUGCAAGGCUCCCAAUGGAAAUAAACAAAAAUCGAAGAGGCCGUGUGCUUAGGGGUCCGGAUAUGGGAUUCAGACGCGCAUCAGCACACGAGCAGUUGAAGCUCUUCGACUAGUGUUCAACAGCCUUUCACCGGGUAUAAACUGAAGGGAUGAGAGA